AUGGAAAGGCUCACCGUAACACUCUGUGGAACCAUGACUCAUGAAGCUUAUAUCUCAACAUCAUCAGAGAGAGAGAGAGAGAGAGGGAGAAGACUGAAAGAGGAUAUGGAAGUAGCCUUUAAGACCCUCUUCUUGGGUUUUAACUCUAAGAUAAUAAGGCCCAAGCAAAAUGUAGAUGUCCUCAUUCCAAAUCUUUCUUCAAAAAGAGAAAGCUUCCCCCUUCAGAUGAGAUACAAUGCCAUAAAAUUUCGUGAAAGGGCAUGCACCAAAAAUUUGCUUGCUGUUUGUGCUGUGUCAUCUGGUGCAAAGACAAGUGUAGAAGAUAAUGAAGUUUUGUCUUCUCAGUUGCAAGACUUCUCAGUUGCUGCAAGUGGUACUAGCAAGGCCAGUGAACUAAAGAUAAGCGUGGAGGUAUCGGGCACUAAAACUCAAUCAAUUUUUGAUGAUGUGUUCUCCAAAAUGGUUGCUGAUGCUCAGCCAAUUCCAGGCUUUCGAAGAUUAAAAGGAGGAAAAACACCUGAUAUACCUACAGAGAUCCUCUUACAAGUUCUUGGACCUUCCAAAGUUUACAAGCAAGUGAUCACGAAAGUAAUUAAUUCUACCAUAGCUGAAUAUGUAGAAAAGGAAGGUUUGACUGUAAGUAAAGACUUGAGAGUUGAGCAGAGCUUUGAAGAUCUUGAAGCCAUGUUUGAACCUGGUGAUCAGUUCAGCUUUGAUGUUGUUGUUAAGCUUCAAGAAUUGAACUGAAUAAUUACUCAACCUUGAUUAUCAUAUAUUUGAAUUAUGUUCAAUUUGAGAAAUGGUCACUUUGUAUUGGAUUAGGACAUUUUUGGUAAUGGCACAAUGGUUCAAACAAUUGAUGCAA